AUUAGCCAACUCAUUAUGGGGACAACUUAGUUUAAUAUUGUGUAAGUGCAUAUGUGUCAGUAUGUGAGUAGAAAUAUGAUCCAAAUCUACAAUCUUCGACUCCUUGCUAAGGUUUUUAGGGCACGCAAAUUGCGGAGCCAAGCCAACUUUAACGGCCUUUCCUCAACGUUUACCCCUUUUCUUUCUUUCUUGUCUGAAAUGAUUCAAUUAUUUUAGUGGGGCUUAAAAAGUGGGAUUGAAUUGAAUAUUCCAAUGCAAUUGCAAAUUGGCUUUGGUCUGGCUGUUACCGCUAUUUGGUCAAUUAAGACUGGAUGACCUGAUAAAAGUUUCCAUCUUGGUAAGUUUUGUAGGGAAAUGCCUUUUAUAGAUAUUUAGAAUGGAGGGAAUUGCAGAAAAGAUUAUGAAGAUGCGGAGUUAAGAGAGAAGGUCCAAUUCAUCCCCCACCCUCCCUCACGUGGUUUCCCCUACACUAGAUUCAAACGAAGAGUGUGUGCUGGCAUUAACAUUCAAAACUACAAUAUGGUACCCGGUGGUGGUAUCUGCAGAGAUGUGAUCGAGUCUCGCAUCACAUUUGCAGACUAUGAUAUGGCAGCUUCAAGCGCAGAGUUAAGGGGUUCCCCUUUAAGAAAGGCUGCAACUGGUUUAGGUGGAAAUCUGGGAGCAACAUCAACAAAUGAUGUGCAUGAACUACUUGAGUGUCCUGUUUGCAUAAAUUUGAUGUAUCCUCCAAUUUACCAGUGUCCCAAUGGCCACACUGUAUGUUCAAUUUGCAAGGCUAGAGUUCACAACUCUUGCCCAACUUGCCGCAACGAGCUUGGAAAUAUAAGGUGUUUGGCUCUGGAGAAAGUAGCUGAGUCACUGGAACUUCCUUGCAGAUACCAGAUUCUGGGUUGUCAUGAUAUUUUUCCAUACUACAGCAAGCUCAAGCAUGAAAAAAACUGUAGAUAUCGCCCAUAUAGUUGCCCAUAUGCUGGAGCUGAAUGCUCUGUCACUGGUGAUAUUCCAUUUCUUGUCAUGCAUCUCAAGAAUGAUCACAAGGUUGACGUGCAUGAUGGGUGUACUUUCAACCACAGAUAUGUUAAAUCCAAUCCCCAUGAAGUGGAAAAUGCCACAUGGAUGUUAACUGUUUUCAACUGUUUUGGUCGACAAUUUUGCUUGCACUUUGAGGCUUUUCACAUAGGAAUGGCACCUGUUUACAUGGCCUUCCUGCGGUUCAUGGGUGAUGAAGAUGAGGCUAGACAGUUCAGUUAUAGUCUGGAAGUUGGUGGCAAUGGCAGAAAGUUUAUGUGGCAAGGAGUUCCUAGAAGCAUUCGUGAUAGUCAUAGGAAAGUUCGAGAUAGUCAAGAUGGACUCAUCAUUCAAAGGAACCUGGCACUCUUCUUUUCAGGUGGUGAUAGACAGGAGCUGAAGCUGAAAGUGGCUGGCCGUAUUUGGAAGGAACAAUGAAAUAAGUCCAGAAAUGAAAUCUAUGAUAUUGAAGUGAAAAUUUGUAUUGGAAAUAACAUAUAAAUAAAAUAAAAAGGUUGCUAGAUUCAUGCAAUUUUCUGUAAAUUUUGUAGAUAAAGAUAUCACAUAUGAAGUUAACUAUGAUUUGCAAUGGAAUUUAUUACUUAUUUCUUUAAUGAUAUUUCAGCAUCAUACAGAUUUGCAGAAAUUGAUAGGCAUAGGUUGCUCUGGUGAUUGUCCCCCGGCUCAUCAAGCUCAAAAGCAAUGAUCAAU